AUGUCCCGAUCCGCAGCGGAUGCGACGCGGUUCACGGCCACGGGGCCUUACGCCAGCUCCAAGGCUGGCAGUGCACCUUACGAGCUCCCCAGCUUCAUGCAAUCUAAGGACAACUCCAAGCCCAACAAGCCCUCUACCCCUCAAAAUGGACCCGAUGGCAAACCCGAGACACCGAAGCAGAAGGUGGAGCGUCUCCGGGCGCAGGCACGCGCAGCCCGGAUGGCUCAACAGACCUCCGGGAUGGAUCGGUGGAUCGAGUCGGGGCGGAAGUUUGCGAACCGCGCACACAAGGGCAUGGUCUAUACAUUGAUUGUGGCAUCCGGUGUAUGUGGUGUGCUGACGGUCUACUCCAUGGUCUCGCUGACCCUUUACAACCGCCGUCAACGCGCACUUUGGAUCGAGAAGGAGGUCGAGAGUCUCAAGCAAGCACGCCUCGCUCAGGCCAGCGGCACCGCCACGGCUGAACAAUUAGAAAUUAUCGAGAAGGAAGAGAUUGGGGAGAUUGUCAAGCGCAAGCGCGCCGAGGAGAAGGCACAGCGACCAUGGGCUAAGGCCAAGCGCUUCUUGUUCGAGAAGCUGAACCCCGAGGACGCUUCUGCCUCCGCCUCCACCACAGUUGCUUCAACAGUUCCCGCAGCGACCGAGAACUCAACACCCAGCAUCACCGAGGCUGUUCAGGCCCAACAAGCCUUUGACGAAGCCAAGGCCAAGUCCGGCGUUCCGGUACCCGGACAGUUGGACGUUCUGGCGGAGAAUGCGGAGCUCGCAGCAAAGAAGAGCACACGCAGCUGGACGAGUUGGCUGACUGGCCGGUGA